AUGUCAAAAGACAAUACAACUUCGCUCAUCGUCGUAUUGAAAGGAACGAGAGAUGUCGAGAACGACGGCCGCAUCAUUCGCUUCGGAAAUGGCGCCAAUUUAGACACUGUUCGUGGUCUUGUUGCUGAAAAGUUGAGUAUUGCUGGAAAUCCUUCUGAUAUUCAACUCUUGAACGAUAAGGAUGAAUUGCUCGGUGGCAUUGAUGCGCUUAGAAAUCAACAAGUGGUCUAUGUCGAUGUCAAGGAUCAUAUCAAGGAAGUCAUUCCCGGUCCUACCAGUCUUCCAUUUGUAGGUGCUCUAUAUGAAAUGUUGCCCAAUAUCACUGAGGGUUGGGUACGCCAAUUUGCUAACUAUGGUCCUCUGGUCGAAGUCAACAUGUUGGGUAGAAAGGUGAUCGGUACCAACUCUCCUGAUAUUGCAGAGCUUUUCGUCAAGGAAUCCGAGUAUUUUACCAAGAAGGUAUCCAAUUCUGGUUUAUCUGAAAUCAAGGCUUUUGGUGGUCAAGGUCUUUUCACUACUGACACUGAUGAGAUGGAUUGGAAGCUUGCUCACAAGCUUUUAAUGCCUGCCUUCAGUCCUCGUGCUAUUAAGGUUUAUCAAAAGGAAAUGGGCAUUCUCACCCAACAACUCAUCAAAAUCUUUGAUCAAUUUUCUCCUGACGAGCCUGUCGAGAUCAUUGACUGGACUACUAACAUUACAUUCGAAACAAUCGGUCGUGUUGGUUUUGGAUAUGACUUCAAUUUGCUCUCUGAACGCAAUCAACCACCCAAUGAAUUCAUCCAAGCUAUGGGCUACUGCUUGAAGCAAUCAAUUCAACGUAUGCAACAAGCUCAAUUUGUCAAAUCUCUGCCCAUUGAAGCCAACCGCAAGUUUGACCGCUCUGUCACUUUGAUGCAUAACGUUGUGGAUGAAGUGAUUAAGGAACGCAAGCAAAGCCCUGACGCCAACAACAUGGACAUUGAUCUCCUAGGUUACAUGUUGAAUGCUCGCGACGAACACAGCUUGGGCUUAUCUGAUGAGAAUAUUCGUGAUCAAGUAGUUACUUUCCUUAUCGCUGGUCACGACACUACUGCCAAUACACUUGCUUGGGCUCUCUACGAACUCUCUAGACACCCUGAUGUUAAGGCUAAGCUGCUUCAAGAAAUUGCUGAUAACCAUAUCACUUGGGAUGAGUACCCUACCUCUGAGCAAAUCUCCAACCUCAAGUACAUGCAACAAAUUAUCAAGGAAGUCUUGCGUCUCUAUCCUCCAGUCCGUAUGCUUGGAAAGUACUGUAAGCAAGACUGUAUUGUACCUGGUGGCUAUCAAGUAAAGGCUGGUGAUGUCUGUGCUGUGUCUGUAUACGCUAUGCACCACAAUGAAGCUAUCUAUCCCGAUCAUAACCGAUUCGAUCCUGACCGUUGGACUCCUGAGGAAGAACAAAAGCGUUCUCGCUUUGCUUGGUUGCCCUUCUCCACUGGACCCAGAGGCUGUAUCGGUAUGGCAUUUGCCUUACAAGAAGCAAAGACCGUUUUGGCUAUGAUUUUGAACAAGUUUGACUUCCGUUAUGAAGGCCCUGAUGUCCAAUACGAUCCCAAGAUGGCUACUACCAAGCCUGUUGAUCUCUACAUGACGAUCCAUCCUCGUGAAGACUUCCCCGAGCCUAGCACCGAAGCUACUGAAAAGCGCAAGACCGAAAGUGCUGCUCCCCCUGCUGCUACUACCAAGAGCAUGCCUGUCAUCUCAUCUGCUGCUACCCCCUCUGACAUCAAGUUACCUCCCAUUACCUUCUUGUACGGUACCCAAACUGGUACUGCUCAAGAUUACGCUAAUCAAUUAGCCACUCAAGCCAAGAACUUUGGAUUCGCCAAUGUCACCAUCUUACCUAUGGAUCAAUGGAAGGUCUUGCAAGACGGCAAGUUUGUCUCUGAAGACAAGAGCAAGCGUUUGGACAAGGAGUUGGUUAUUAUCUGUACUGCUACUUACAAUGGUCAACCACCUGACUCUGCUGAAAAGUUCAACAAGUUCUUGGAUGAGAAGCUCAAGACAGACGGUCAUGAAACUACUUUGAAUGGUCUCUCCUUUGCUGUCUUUGGUCUCGGUAACAAGAACUGGCGUACUUACCAACACUUCCCUAUCAAAGUCACUGACAGUUUAGAGGAACUCGGUGCUGAGCGUUUCUUCUCCAAUGGCGAGGGUAAUGGUGACAAGGACAUGGAUGCUGAUUUCAGUAACUGGUGUGCUCACUUCUGGACCCACACUUUGGAUAGCUAUGGUAUCACUGCCUCUGAAUCCAAGUCUGUGGUUCCCGCUGCCGUCUCUUCUUCUCCUGAAAUGAGUGCUGUCAAGGUCAAGUUUAUCCAACCCACCAACAAAGAAGAUUGGGAAGCUGCUGUCAGCAAUCACUACGGUGAACCCAAGGCUAUCUUGCAUACCAACCGUGAAAUACAAAAGGACGGUUCUCCUCGCAGUACUCGCCAUAUUGAAAUUGACAUCUCCAAGUUGGCACCAGUUGGUGAUAACAGACUCUACAACGCCGGUGAUCAUUUAGAGGUCAUGCCUGAAAACGCAGAGUCUACUGUUGAGGCUGUUGCUUUGAGCUUUGGCUGGAUCUUAGAUUCUGUCUUUGAGAUUGACCAAGAAACCCUCAAGAAUGUCUCUCCUCGUUCUAUUGCUGCCAACAUCAAGGGUCCUUGUUCUGUGCGCAACAUGCUUACCUAUUACGCUGAUCUUUCAUCUCCUCCUUCUCGUGCUGUGCUCGGCUGCUUCGCCUCUCAAUUGAAAAAGGUGGCUCCUGAAACUGCUGCUACUUUUGAACAGUUGCUGAUGCCAGAUAGCAACAACCAAGAUCAAUACCCUGCUUUCAUUAAAAAGCACCGUACCUUGUUGGACUUGCAAAACGCCUACCCUCAAGUUACUCGCCUGGAUUUGGGUCAAUUUUUGGCUUCUGUUCCUGUUAUCCAACCUCGUCGCUACUCUAUUGCCUCUUCUCCUUUGGCUCAUCCUAAUGCUGCUCACUUGACUGUUGGUGUCGUAGAUGAUGUUGUCAACGAUAAGCAUUACAGUGGUUUAGCCUCCUCCUUCUUAAAGCGUGGAUCUGACGGUAUGGCUCUUCGUGCUAAUCUCAAGUCUUCCAAGAGCACUUUCAGUAUGCCCAGUGAUCCCACUGUUCCCUUGAUCAUGAUUGCUGCUGGUACUGGUUUCUCGCCUUUCCGUGGUUUCUUGCAAGAGCGCAAGGCCCAAAAGGAUGCUGGUGAAAAGGUGGGUGAUGUUGUCCUCUUCUUUGGCUGUCGUCGCAAGGACCAAGAUUACAUCUAUAACGACGAACUGGAGCAAUAUGUCAAAGAAGGUGUCUUGACUCAUUUGCAUACCGCCUUCUCAAGAAGCAUCGAAAAGUCUCCCAAGAAAUAUGUUCAACACGAAAUCUUGUCUAACGCUGCUGAGGUCUGGAGCAUGCUCUUCCCUACUGAUCCCAAUGUCAAGCCUGCUGCUGUCUACAUUUGUGGUAGUGGUUCCAUGAGUCGUGAUGUGCGUCGUACUUUCUGCAGCAUGGCCAUCUCCUUUGGUGCCGCCUCCGAUGAUGAAGAAGCUGACAAGGUCAUUGAUAAGCUCAUGGACGAAAACCGUUACUUGUGUGAUGUUUGGGGUUAA